AUGGAUGAUAGUGAGUCCAGGAUUCGGAUAGAGGAAAAUAUGGAGACGAGGGAAUCGGUUUAUGAAGAUGAGAACGGGACGCUCAGGGAACCGCUUCUUGUGAGUAAAUACAGAGCGAACAACACUUCCCAGAUCGCCAUUGUUGGAGCCAAUGUCUGUUCGAUUGAAAGUCUCGACUACGAGAUUAUUGAGAGUGAUCUUUAUAUGCAAGAUUUGAGGUCUAGAACAAAGGUUGAGAAGUGCCGUUAUCUUGCCUUAAAAUGGACGCUUGCACUUCUGGUUGGUUUAGGCACGGGGCUUGUUGCCUUUUUUAACAACAUUGCAGUUGAGAAUAUUUCUGGUACCAAGCUUCUACUUACCGAGAAUCUCAUGCUCGAAAACAAGUUUCUUCAGGCCUUUGCAGUGUAUGGUGGUUGUAAUUUGAUUUUGGCAAUUGCUGCAGCAGCCCUCUGUGCUUAUAUUGCUCCUUCAGCAGCAGGGUCAGGCAUACCUGAGGUGAAGGCAUACCUCAAUGGGGUAGAUGCUUAUUCUAUACUGGCUCCCAGUACCCUCUUUGUAAAGAUUUUUGGUUCAAUUUUUGGGGUGGCUGCGGGAUUUGUCGUGGGCAUGGAAGGACCUAUGGUACAUACUGGCUCUUGCAUUGCCAAUAUACUUGGACAAGGUGGUUCCAAAAAAUAUGGCCUUAACUGGAAACUUCUUAGAUACAUUAAAAAUGACCGAGACAGGAGAGAUUUGAUCACAUGCGGUGCAGCAGCUGGGGUUGCUGGUGCCUUCCGUGCCCCAGUUGGUGGUGUCCUUUUUGCACUUGAAGAAGCAACUUCAUGGUGGAGAAGUGCUCUUCUGUGGCGGACUUUCUUUACAACAGCUGUAGUGGCUGUGGUAUUGAGAGGCUUCAUACAGUUAUGCCGGGGUGGAAAAUGUGGUCUCUUCGGAGAAGGAGGCUUGAUCAUGUUUGAUGUUAGUUCAGAAAAGCCCUCCUACGAAAUUCCUGACGUCCUGGCAGUCAUAUUGGUUGGAGUUAUCGGAGGACUUUUGGGAAGCCUUUACAAUUAUCUAGUCCACAAAGUCCUUCGGACUUACAGUGUCAUCAAUGAGAGAGGCCCCAGAGUUAAAAUUCUACUUGUUAUUGUUAUCAACCUCUUGACAUCUUGUGCUUCAUAUGGCUUUCCAUGGCUAUCUCGAUGUGUCCCUUGUCCUCCUAACUUGGGGGAUAAGUGCCCAACCAGAGGUCGCUCUGGAAAUUACAAGAGUUUCCAAUGUCCACCAAAUCAUUACAAUGAUCUAGCCUCUCUUUUUUUCUCCCCCAAUGAUGAUACUAUACGCAACCUAUUAACACCAAGUUCUGACAAGGAAUUUCAGAUCUCUACUCUCGCGACUUUCUUUGUGGUGAUAUACUUCCUUGGAAUUAUCACUUAUGGCAUUGCCAUCCCCUCUGGCCUUUUCAUUCCUGUCAUCCUUGCUGGAGCCUCUUAUGGGCGUCUUGCUUCUCGCCUCUUAAGUUCAUUCACUGUUCUUGAUGUGGGUAUGUUUGCACUCCUUGGAGCUGCCUCUUUCCUUGGUGGAACCAUGAGAAUGACAGUUUCUAUUUGUGUCAUACUUCUUGAGCUCACCAAUAACCUCUUGAUACUCCCAUUGGUGAUGCUAGUUCAACUUAUAUCAAAGACUGUGGCUGAUAAUUUUAACCAAGGUAUUUAUGAUCAGAUUGUGAAGAUGAAGGGCCUGCCAUAUCUUGAAGCAGUUACAGAACCGUACAUGAGGCAUUUAACAGCAGGAGAUGUUGUUUCAGGCCCAUUAUUUACAUUUUCUGGGGUUGAAAAAGUGAGGAAUAUUGUUCGUGCUUUGAGGAUAACACAACAUCAUGGUUUUCCAGUAAUUAAUGAGCCUCCAUUCUCAGAAGCUCCUCAGUUAUGUGGGCUGGUGUUUAGGUCUCAUCUUCUUGUGCUUCUUAAACAAAGGAAGUUCACAAAGCAAAAGGUUAUGACUGGAUCUACCAUUAUGAGGAACUUUGAAGCACAUGAUUUUGCAAAGCCAGGUUUAGGCAAGGGACUCAAGCUAGAUGAUGUUCAUAUCGGGGAGGAGGAGAUGGAAAUGUACGUUGAUCUCCAUCCAGUCACUAACACGUCACCGUACACAGUGGUGGAAACCAUGUCUCUUGCAAAAGCUGCUCUUCUUUUCAGGGAGCUUGGCCUCAGGCAUUUAUUGGUGGUUCCAAAGACAACAGGAAGGCCUCCAGUUGUUGGGAUAUUGACAAGGCAUGACUUUAUGCCGGAGCAUGUUUUGGGACUCUACCCUCACUUAGACCCUCACAGGGAUUCCAACGUAUUAUGA